CCCCCACACACACACACACACACUGUUCAGUGGUGGUGCGAUUUAAAUGGUCAAAUGUACAGAGGCACAUCGAGAUAGAGAGCCAAGGAUGUCUCAUUACACAGACGAACCUCGCUUCACCAUCGAGCAGAUCGACCUGCUCCAGAGGCUGUGGCGUACGGGCAUGACCAAGCAGGAUAUCCUCCACGCCCUGGACACCCUAGACCGGCUGGACCGCGAGCACGGGGACAAGUUUGGACAUCGCACCUCCUACGGGGGAGGAGCGAGCAGCUCUGUGUCAGACCCCAAUUGCACCACCUCCAACAACACUGCAGCCACCACAUCCUCUACGACAUCCUCUUCCUGUAUUAUUAUUCAUAAUAAUGCCGCUGGUGGGAGCAGCCAUGUUAACAACACCACCCUGUCCUCUUCCUGCACCAACUCUACCGUCGCACAGACCCAGUACCUCUCACCACGCGGGGGGCUGUCGCCUAGCAACAGCUACGACACCUCCCCACCGCCCGGCCUGCCCUCCCCAGUGUCACUGGUCACCAUGGCGCAGAACGGGGGGCGGGACAGCCUGGUGGCGACGCCCAAUGGGAAGCUCUCGCCGCCGCGGUACCCGGUGAACAGUGCAGCGGCCGCCAGGGCGUUCGGGUUCGAGGCCACGGAGGAGGAGCUGGAAAUCGAUGACAAGGUGGAGGAGCUCAUGAGGAGAGACGGCAGCAUUGUGAAGGAGGAGAUCAAGUCGUUCCUGGGGAACAGGAGAAUCUCUCAGGCUGUGGUGGCCCAGGUCACAGGAAUCAGUCAGAGCAGGAUCUCUCAUUGGUUGCUUCAACACGGCUCUGACCUCAGUGAACAGAAGAAGAGAGCUUUCUACCACUGGUACCAGCUAGAGAAGACCUCCCCAGGUGCCACUCUAAACAUGCGCCACGCCCCAAUGGCUAUGGAGGAAAUGGAUUGGAGACAGACCACACCCCAUAUAAGUACCGCCCCAGGAAUCUUCCGGCUACGCAGAGGAAGUCGUUUUACCUGGAGGAAAGAAUGUCUGGCUGUGAUGGAGAGCUACUUCAAUGACAACCAGUAUCCCGACGAAGCUAAGAGAGAGGAGGUCUCUAACGCCUGCAACGCUGUCAUCCAGAAACCAGGGAAGAAGCUAUCGGACCUGGAGAGAGUCAGCUCUCUUAAAGUGUACAACUGGUUUGCCAACCGACGCAAGGAGAUCAAGAGACGAGCUAAUAUUGAAGCCACAAUCCUGGAGAGCCAUUGGAUAGACGUCCAGAGUCCCGGAGGACACUCCAACAGCGACGACAUCGAUGGAGGCGACUACACAGAACAGGCCUGUGACCUGGCCUACUUCGACAAGAGACCCAUGGCCAGACCCUUUGGCUUCUACAGGCUAGAGCCCACUUCACCCACACAGGACGAUGGUACUGACCACCAGGACCCCAUCUCUCUGGCCGUGGAGAUGGCUGCAGUCAACCAUACCAUCCUGGCUCUGUCCCGGACUGGAGGGGUGCCCAGCGACAUCAAGACAGAGGUCCCGGACGAUGACUGAAGAGGUGGUUACUGGACAGUGACUGUGGGAGGAAGGAGUGGGUAGCGAAGGGUAAUAAUCAAGAGAGGAUACGUCGUGUGUGUGCGUGAGAGAUUGUGGUUCAAGGAAUGUG